GGCCGAGCCGGGCCGGGGCCUUGUGGGGGCCGGGCAGCGGCCGGGCCGGCGGACGGCGGGAUGGGCUGCACCGUGAGCGCCGAGGACAAGGCGGCGGCCGAGCGCUCCAAGAUGAUCGACAAGAACCUGCGGGAAGACGGCGAGAAGGCGGCGCGGGAGGUGAAGUUGCUGCUCUUGGGUGCUGGGGAGUCAGGGAAGAGCACCAUUGUCAAGCAGAUGAAGAUCAUCCACGAGGAUGGCUACUCGGAGGAGGAGUGCCGACAGUACCGGGCGGUCGUCUACAGCAACACCAUCCAGUCCAUUAUGGCCAUUGUCAAAGCCAUGGGCAAUCUGCAGAUUGACUUUGCCGACCCCUCCCGCGCGGACGACGCCAGGCAGCUGUUCGCGCUGUCGUGCACGGCUGAGGAGCAGGGUGUGCUGCCUGAGGACCUGUCCGGUGUCAUCCGGAGGCUCUGGGCUGACCACGGGGUGCAGGCCUGCUUUGGCCGCUCACGGGAGUACCAGCUCAAUGACUCUGCCGCCUACUACCUGAACGACCUGGAGCGCAUCGCCCAGAGCGACUACAUCCCUACGCAGCAGGACGUGCUGCGGACUCGAGUGAAGACCACGGGCAUCGUGGAGACGCACUUCACCUUCAAAGACCUACACUUCAAGAUGUUUGACGUGGGUGGCCAGCGGUCUGAGCGGAAGAAGUGGAUCCACUGCUUUGAGGGCGUCACAGCCAUCAUCUUCUGUGUAGCUCUGAGCGCCUAUGACCUGGUGCUCGCCGAGGACGAGGAGAUGAACCGCAUGCACGAGAGCAUGAAGCUGUUUGACAGUAUCUGCAACAACAAGUGGUUUACAGACACGUCCAUCAUCCUCUUCCUGAACAAGAAGGACCUGUUUGAGGAGAAGAUCAUACACAGCCCCCUGACCAUCUGCUUCCCUGAGUAUACAGGGGCCAACAAGUACGACGAGGCAGCCAGCUACAUCCAGAGCAAGUUCGAGGACCUGAACAAGCGCAAGGACACCAAGGAGAUCUACACGCACUUCACGUGCGCCACUGACACCAAGAACGUGCAGUUCGUGUUCGACGCCGUCACUGACGUCAUCAUCAAGAACAACCUGAAGGACUGCGGCCUCUUCUGAGGGGCAGCGGGGCCUGGCAGGAUGGGCCACCGCCGACUCUGCUACCCCAGCCCCUGCGGAAGACGGGGGCAAGAGGACCACGCUCCCCGCCUGUCCCCCUGGCCGCUUUUCCCCUUCUUUCCUCUCUGUUCUUGGCUCCCCACCGUCCUGCCCUCAGCUCCAGAGACUUGGGGGAGGGACUGCCACAGGCCUCCCUGUUUGAAGCCUGCCCUUGUCCCAGGUGCAGGGAGUGCCCUAGCCCCUCCUGGCCUCCAUUCUGGUUUUAACCAUUGUUUUGUUCUGUGAUGGGGGAGGGGAGCCCAUGCUGAGUCUCCCACGGCCUGUGUUUGGAGGGGCACCCACUUCUCCAGCCUGGGACCCCUGGCUUUGCCUAACACCAGCCCCUGACCCAACCAAAUGUUUACAGGGAGCCUCCUGCCCACCCCCACAACCUGCCCCCACCCCCAAGCCACUCGGAGGCCCCAAAGGAAAAAGCACAAGAAGCGUGAGACGCCACCAUUCCUGAAGACCACAGUCCACUUGCUCAUUCUCGUAGCUUUUUUUUUUUUUAAUUAAAAGAAAGUCAAAGGGGGAAAAAAAAAAAAAGAAAA